CUAUAGGAAGUAGAGUUAUUUGCCCUUGGUCAGGAAACGUGCUUCCGGAUUAGAAAUUACUGAUAAAAUAAGACCGCUGUUAUUUCUGUAUGCUGUGUUCCAGUAUUCCUUGCAGAUGCCUCUUCACAAGUUCCCUCCGCGGCUCUGGGAAGCUCUGAAGCUGAAGAAGGGGAUCUACACCCGGCUGCCAGAGCACUAUCUGCGCUCCCUGCAGGAGAGCCGCACGCCCACUGCAGUGCACUGGAAACCCCUGGGGGUCAGCUCCCGCGUGAACCCCAAAACAGGGCACCGCGAACGGGUGCAGGACGUACCCAUCCCUGUCUACUACCCCCCGCAGUCUCAGAGCGGCCUGUGGGGGGGUGAGGGCUGGAUCGUGGGAUACAGAUACGCCAAUAACGACAAGCUCUCCAACCGUCUGAAGAAGGUGUGGAAGCCCCAGCUGUUUAACAGGGAGCUGUACAGUGAGAUUCUCGACCACAAGUUCAAAAUCACAGUGACUGCGCGUACGCUGGACCUCAUCGACGCAGCUUAUGGGUUUGACUUCUACAUCCUGCGGACUCCACAGGAAGACCUGAACUCCAAGCUGGGGAUGGAUUUGAAACGAGCCAUGCUGAUCCGACUAGCUCGUAAAGACACUGAGCUGUACCCUGAAAACCCAGCAAAGAGAGAGACUGUAUUUAACAAAUACAAGGAGUUUGUGAUGCCGGCGGAGGAGGCGGAGUGGGUAGGACUCAGUCUGGAAGAAGCUGUGGAGAAGCAGAGGCUGUUGGAGAAGAAGGACCCCGAGCCUCUGUUUAAGGCCUUCGUACAGGAGUUGGUACAGGAGCUUACCACCCAGAAGCUGUCCGAGCCAGAGAUUGUGGAGAAAAAACCCUGAAGAGGGAGUCUAGGCAGCCUAGCAUUCAUCUUCUGUGAGAGUAUCCAGGCAGCAUUGCCAGGGCAGAGACCAAUAUCAGGUAUCAACUGCAUUGUAUUGUGAACUAGACAUCAAAGCGUCAAAUCUGCAAUAGCUCAAACUGCUCUGCAGUGGAAGCUUUACUGCCAUCCCUGGAGAGCCAGGACUCUGGAGAGUGCAAGGACCCUAUUGUCAGUGGGACUCCACUCCCUUUGCUCCUCUCCUAGUAAAUGUCUUUUAAACCACCCACAAGUUACAUGUUUCACAACUGGCUUUACCCACAGAUCUCAUUUUGGGUUUAUUCUAUUCGGAAUACCUGAAUUUUUUUAUUUUAUUUUUUUAAGCCUGGCUUUGUAAAUUGUGUUUGGAAGAAAACAUCUGUACAUAAUUUUCCAAUAAAAUGCAAUGUUAUUUAA